GGUGGUUGUUUACCUACGAGUCAAACCUCAUCAAACAGGGGGUGCCUCUGGGCAUGUGCAGAAUGUCCCCCCCCUCCUCCAUCCGGUUCCUCAGCGAUUAAAAGCCGCAGCCGGGCGCCUCCUCAGAACCGAGUGUCAAGGAUGAAGAAGGAAUUUCAGAUCAGGGGAAUGUGUUGUCUGUAAAGCCGCCUUCCCCUCACGCCUGCUCGUGAGGAACUUGGGCGUUAACGGGUUAAGUUGGGAGGUCGCAGAGCCCCCUUCCGUGCCAGCAAUCUGUUUCCGGAGGCCACCUGUGUUACCUGAACCCAGAUGAUAUGGGAGAGUUGCUCCUUGGAGAAUCCAAGCUAGAAAUUUUUCUGAAGGAAAACCCUUUAAAACAAGGUGCUAGUCCCUGUGGUCCUCGGCCAAAGUUGAUUGAAGUCAAGAAGCAUCUCACUGCAGCUCUUGAUCGAGGGAAUUUAAAGCCAGAGUUCUUACAAGAAGCCAACUUAGUAAUGGCCAAACUAAAUUAUGUAGAAGGUGAUUACAAAGAAGCCCUUAAUAUAUAUGCAAGAGUGGGCACUGAUGACUUACAGCUUGUUGCUGUCCCUCCUUAUCGGCUGAGAAUGAUUGCUGAAGCAUAUUCUACCAAAGGUCUUUGUCUAGAAAAGUUGCCAGUUUCUUCAUCAACAAGUAACCUCCGCGCAGAUCGUGAACAAGAUAUCAUUAUGUGUUAUGAAAAGGCUGGGGAUAUAGCCCUUCUGUAUCUCCAGGAGAUAGAAAGGGUAAUGAUUACCAAUAUGCAGAACAGAAGCCCUAAGCCAGGGCCUGCAGCACACGAACAAGAACUUGGAUAUUUUUUAGAAACAGGACUUCAGAGGGCCCAUGUCUUAUACUUCAAAAAUGGGAUAAACAUUCAUGAAGAUCAACAGAAUUUGACAAGAGGAGUCGGUAGAUUUAGAGAGAUUCUAAGAGCUGUUGAAACCAGAACAACACAAAAUCUACGCAUGACAAUAGCAAGGCAGUUAGCUGAAAUCUUGCUACGAGGCAUGUGUGAACAGAGUUACUGGAAUCCGUUAGAUGAUCCUCCCCAUCAGUCACCCCUCAAUGAUCCUCUCUGGAAGGGUGCAAACACUAAAAGUUAUGCACUUAGCCGAAGACCACGAGUAUACUCAGGAGAAAACAUUUUCUGUCCUCAAGAGAAUACUGAAGAAGCUCUCUUGCUGCUGCUAAUUAGUGAAUCUAUGGCUAAUCGUGAUGCUGUACUGAGCAGAAUACCAGAACACAAAAAUGACCGCAUCAUCAGUUUGCAAAGUGCAUCUGUGGUCUACGACUUGCUUACGAUUGCCUUAGGAAGAAGAGGUCAAUAUGAAAUGCUGUCAGAGUGCUUAGAAAGAGCCAUGAAGUUUGCCUUUGAAGAAUUCCACCUUUGGUAUCAAUUUGCACUUUCUUUAAUGGCUGCAGGAAAAUCUGCUCGAGCUGUGAAAGUCUUGAAAGAGUGUAUUCGAUUGAAACCAGAUGAUCCAACAAUCCCACUUCUUGCUGCCAAAUUAUGUAUGGGAUCCCUCCACUGGUUAGAAGAAGCAGAACGGUUUGCCAGAAUGGUGGUUGAUGCAGGAGACAAAACAUCAGAGUUCAAAGCCAAAGGUUUUUUAGCCCUGGGACUGACUUACAGCCUACAAGCUACAGAUGCUUCUUUGCGAGGGAUACAAGAAGUCCUUCAACGAAAGGCUCUCCUUGCAUUUCAGAGGGCACAUACAUUGUCUCCAACUGAUCACCUGGCUGCAUUUUACCUAGCUCUGCAGUUUGCCAUAUCCCGGCAGAUACCAGAAGCUUUGGGUUAUGUUCGUCAAGCUCUACAGCUUCAAGGCGAUGAUGCCAACUCCUUGCAUCUCCUUGCCCUGUUGCUGUCAGCACAGAAACACUACCAUGAUGCUCUGAAUAUCAUUGAUAUGGCCUUGAGUGAAUACCCAGAAAACUUUAUAUUGCUCUUUUCAAAAGUCAAAUUGGAAUGCCUCUGCAGGGGCCCAGAUGAAGCACUCCUUACCUGUAAACACAUGUUGCAGAUCUGGAAAUCCUGUUACAACCUAACUAAUCCCAGUGAUUCUGGACGGGGCAGCAGUUUGUUAGAUAGAGCCAUUGCUGACAGGAGACAGCUUAAUACAAUUACUUUGCCAGACUUCAGUGAUCCUGAAACAGCUUCUGAUUCCUCCACAUCUUCAUCUCUCUCAAGAACCGAAUCUCUUCUCCACCUGUUUAUGUCUCCUCAAUCUCCUCACCCUCAUCCCAAAACUGACUCCUCUUUCUGGCCCCAUGCAGCCAAUCCAUACAGUGACCACGCUCCUGGGCCCUGCGAACCUUCACUCUGCAACCCUCCAGAUGCUUACUUUCAUGGUUUUUUCUCCCUUUUUUCAGUUUGUUCCGUCCAUGCAACGUCAAUAGCAGCCUCUCGGGUAGAGCAGGCCCUAUCUGAGGUUGCCUCCUCUUUGCAGAGCAGUACUCCAAAGCAAGGACCUCUGCAUCCUUGGAUGACUCUGGCUCAAAUCUGGCUUCAUGCAGCUGAAGUAUACAUAGGAAUUGGAAAACCAGCAGAAGCCACUGCAUGUACUCAGGAAGCUGCUAAUCUAUUUCCAAUGUCUCACAAUGUUCUCUACAUGAGAGGUCAGGUGGCAGAACUUCGGGGAAAUAUUGAUGAAGCCAGACGUUGGUAUGAAGAGGCCUUAUCUAUCAGCCCUACACAUGUCAAAAGUAUGCAGAGACUGGCUCUGAUACUUCACCAGCUUGGAAGGUACAGCUUGGCUGAGAAGAUCCUUAGAGAUGCUGUCCAGGUGAACUCAACAGCCCAUGAGGUUUGGAAUGGCCUCGGGGUGGUUCUGCAAGCUCAGGGUAAUGACGAUGCAGCAACUGAGUGUUUCCUAACAGCACUGGAGCUUGAAGCCAGCAGCCCCAUCGUCCCUUUCACCAUCAUUCCCCGAGUCCUCUGAAGGCCGGUAAACAGGCAGUUCAUCAUGCUUCAGCGGAACACAGGAAUGUUAGGAAGCAAAUUACAUAAGCCUUCCUUCUGAUUCCAAGGGUGGCUCUUCAAGCUGAGAGGUAGUACCACAAAGCAGGCAAUCUGGCCAGUUCUAUGAGGGGAUUCUGAUACAUGGAAUAUAGCAUAUUAAUGUUAAUGAAAAAAAUGGCUAGCCAGAAGGAAAAAACACACACCAAUACCAAACCACCACCUGUGUAUUGCCUACAUCUUUGCCCCCAUAGUACUUUGACAGCCUGAUGCUAUUGUUCAAAUGGGUAUUGUGCCAUAUUUUAUUAGGUGACAUCUGAGUGUUAUGUAAAUCUCUAAAUAGAAUCAAACAGCAACUGUAGAAUAAUAGAUGCAAGUUAAAAUUCAGUGGCAGAGCAGUCUAUUUUUAUCCAAGCCUGUCAAAGACCUGUUCUCGUCAUGUCUUUCAACCUCUCUCGGCCCAGGAAGAAAAAAAUGUGAAAUUUGCUGUGUUACAUCUCUCUACCAGUUACCUAGGCCAGCAAAAUCAGCUGAAAGGUUUAUGUUUUUAGAUGUGAAUAACUGUGAUGUGUAGCUAAUUGUUAUUCUCUUUAUUUAGAAGAAAGGUUGUGUACAAGAAUAUUUAUAUUUUACCAAUGUAUGCCUGUUGAAAAAAAGCAGAUGAAGAUAUUAGUUAUUUAAGUUUAAAUUUUUUAUGUGAAACCAGAGUUUAUUUAUCAAUGGAAAUAUGUAAAAAGAUGCUAAAGAUGGAAUAUUUACCGACAUUCCUUAUGCAUUAUACACCCACUUGGCUCUAUGGGAAGAUUAUGUUAAUAAUAAAAAAUGAUUUUUGAAUGGA